CUCCUCUACCCCCUCACUCUGGUAGUGCUGGCAGCAUCCAUCCACAGUACACACUGUGCUGUCUCUGUUCCAGAGACAAUAUAUCAGCUCUGCACAGGGAGGAGAGGAUUAACACAACAUCAGCUCAUCUGCAUACACAUUCAGGGAACACAUGAGCACCCAAGGCUUUUUCUCUUUUCUAUCUAACUCCAACCAUCACAGGACUUGAGACUCUAAUCGUUGGAGCAUCGUUCAUCCAAUUCUCUCUGUGGUGAGAGGAUUUAAAGGAGGACAGAUCUUUUGCGUUUCGGAUUUUGCGAUUUGUGUGUGCUCUUUUUGUUCACUUAGUUGAGAAUUGUCCAAUUGGAACAAUGCAAUUAAUAUUACAUAGUUUAGACUAGCUGUAAACAUCCAGUUGUUUUCCAGGGGGCCUUUAACUUUUUGGACUGCGCUAUAGGGUUUGCUGCUUGUUCAUCUGAUUUGGCCAACCUGACUGUCAGAAUGCCAUCCAGGGAGUCUUAUGAGAUCCGGAAGGGAGAGAAGUCCCUGGUGCACAAGGCUAAGCAGGAGGCCAACCAGCAGGACAUACUGGCUGCUGCUCUGGGGAUGAGGAUCUCAGGACCCCAGAAACCUCCAGCCACUAUCUGGCAGCCUCUCAAACUGUUUGCCUAUUCACAGCUCACCUCGCUGGUCCGCAAAGCCACGCUGAAGGAUAACAGCCUGCCGCACAAGUAUGAAAAAGUCCACAACUUCAAGGUCCACACGUUCCGGGGACCUCACUGGUGUGAAUACUGUGCCAACUUCAUGUGGGGGCUGAAGGCUCAGGGAGUCAAAUGUGCAGAUUGUGGUUUGAACGUCCACAAGCAGUGCUCCACUAUGGUACCCCGCAACUGCGUGCCAGACCUGAAACAUGUCAAGAAAGUGUACAGCUGUGAGCUCACAACCCUGGUGAAAGCUCACAACACCAAGCGACCCAUGGUGGUGGACAUGUGCAUACAGGAAAUCGAAUCAAGAGGUCUGAAGUCUGAAGGGCUCUACAGAAUAUCAGGAUUCAGUGAUUCAGUCGAAGAUGUCAAGUCGGCAUUUGACAGAGAUGGUGAGAAGACAGACAUCUCUGCGAACGCAUAUGAAGAUAUCAACAUCAUCACGGGAGCACUUAAACUGUACCUCAGGGAUUUACCCAUUCCUGUCAUCUCAUACGAUGCCUACCCCAGGUUCAUUGAGGUUGCAAAGCUGGAAGACCCAGAGAAGCAGCAAGAGGGCUUCCGUGAGGCUCUGGAACUGCUGCCUGCAGCACACAGUGAAACCCUGAGGUACCUCAUGGCCCAUUUAAAGAGGGUAACAUUGAAUGAGAAGGACAACCUGAUGAAUGCCGAAAACCUGGGCAUUGUUUUCGGGCCCACCCUCCUGCGUGCCCCAAACCUGGACGUCAUGACGGCACUCAACGACAUCCGCUACCAACGACAGGUGGUGGAGUUCCUCAUAAAAAAUGAAGACAUCCUCUUCUGAAAGAUAUGGAAGGAAAGAGCCACAUUUUUUCGUAAAAUAGCUUGAUGCUGCCUAAUCACUUUUUUUGUGAAAGGACUUGAAUAGUAAGGAAUCUUUGUAUUACAUUUGUGAUAUAUCCAUUUCCACUUCUAGUGGAUCAGUGCUGAACCAUACUUUUUCUUCCCCUGUAACGGGUGUGGAUGAUGAUGUACCUUAAACUUGCAUGUCUGUCUCCCCAUUUUUGUCGGGGCUUGUGUAGAACACUGAUGGACCAGACUUGGCCGUGUCUUGAUUUUGUAUAGCUUUGUAGCGGUAACCCAGCAUGUGGUAAAGAUUGUGAAAUUGUUACUCUGCUAUUAUUUGUUCUGUAGAUUUACAGUAUCUCCCGCACGGUUUUUGUGAAACGUUGUAUACCUGGAUGUGAAAUAGACUACUGUAUCUUCUCUGAAGUUUUGUAAUGAUCUUUGACUGAAUGUGUAUUUUUUGCCUUUUCAGCUGUUUUAUAUGCAAGUCUUCUUUAGGGAAAAUUCAAAGCCUCUUUCAAUCAGAAAACAAGUAAUCAGUGUACUUUUAAAUGUUCUGUUACAUUUCCUGACAGUCAAAACUUUAUUGCAUUCAAACUACUACAUUUGUGCAGUUAAUGUUUUUUUUAUUGUAAUAUUUGUUUACUUAAUUUGCCCAUGUACAUUUUAAUUUAUUAAACCUUGCUUUCUGAAAAUUAA